CCUGGCGUUCACCGAUUGAUAUCUUCAUGUGCAAACUCGAACACUAAACACGUCCCCAAUGUCAUGGAAAACAUCCUCUUUGGUCUCAAUGACCAGCAAAAAUGUGCAGUGUCCUGCCCGUCCGAUGUUCUGCAGGUGCUGGCACCUCCAGGCUCCGGCAAAACAAAGACGCUCACCGCACGCGUAGCCUAUCACAUCGCGCACGACGGCUUGAAACCAUGGAACAUGAUCGUGUGUACAUUCACCAUCAAAGCAGCACGUGAGAUGAAAGAACGCAUUCGUGCCUUCGUAGGUGAAGAGCUAGAGCGAAAGUUGAUUCUCGGAACGUUUCAUUCAGUGGCGAGGCGCUAUCUCAGUACCUAUGGCCAUCACAUUGGCAUUCCUGCCCAUUUCGGCAUUGCAGACUCGAAUGAUAGCCUUGCAAUGAUAAAGCGCAUUAUAAAGAGAAAUAACUUUAGCAUGGAGCCGGCAAGAGCAAGGUCGGCGAUAUCGAAGAGGAAGUCAGGCCUGGAAGCUUUUACCUCCACACGAAGAGCUGCGCGAAUUGAAGCCGAUCAGCAAGAAUUCGAGGCCAUCUGUGCUGAGUAUGAGGAGGAGCUAAAAAGCGCGAAGUUACUGGAUUAUGACGACCUUCUUCUGCGCUGUGUGGAGCUUCUUACCAAGUUUCCUGAAUGUGUCUCCAACAUUGAGGCAGUUUUGAUUGAUGAGUUCCAGGACACAAAUCAUGUCCAGUACGAAUUGAUGAAUUUGUUUGCACAACAUCGACAGAGACGCCCCAGGAACAGAGUACCGAAAAUCACCAUUGUCGGGGACCCCGACCAGAGCAUCUACAGCUUCAGAUCGGCGGAGAUCGAAAAUUUGGCCCGUAUGCAGGGCAAAUAUAAAGAUACGCAGAUUGUCCAUCUUGAAGAGAACUAUCGCUCAUCAGGCGCCAUUUUGCGACUCGCCCUCGAGGUCAUCGAGCAAGAUGCAAGUCGUCCGCAGAAGAGUGUGCGUGCUACUCAUUCCGUUGGAGAGUCCCCAGUCUUGCGAACGCUAGCAUCGGCUGGUGCAGAAGCUGCGUGGCUUGUGUCAGAGAUACGCCGCUCACUUCAUCUGAAUGCUGGCUUGCUCAACUAUGCAGAUUACGCAGUUCUUUUGCGAUCAGCAUCUUUGUCUCGCCUUAUAGAGGCGGAACUUGGAAGGGCCGGUAUACCAUACCGAAUGGUCGGAGGCCACAAAUUCUUUGACCGCGUAGAGGUACGAAUUCUGCUGGAUUAUCUACGCGUUAUCAGCCAGCCAGAUCACAAUGAUGCGCUUCUACGCGUUCUCAACGUACCUUCUCGCAAAUUGGGCGAAACAGCAACGAAAGUGCUCCUUGAAGAGUCACAUACUCGUCAAAAAUCUCUUUGGCAUAUCGUCAAAGGAGUUGCUCAGGGCAAGUUAAGAACGGCCGUAAAGCUCUCUCAGCAAGCAGUAUCAGGCUUGGAAAAUUUUGUAAACAUCAUAUUGACGGCCCAUCAAAAACUGCUUCUUCCACACACAAGCGUAGCUGACUUGCUAGCACAUGUCAUGCACAAAACUAAUUACGAAACCUUCCUGAAAGAUACAUAUAAACAGGAAUAUGAAGAUCGUUCGGCAAACGUGGAUGAGCUGAUUCAACUUGCGCAUAGUGGUCGAGUCUUCGCAGAGCAAGAAGCUGAGCUUAUUGAACUCGAUGGGGUUCAACAGGCAAUAGAUGACAGUACUACUCCAGCUUCUUGUCUCGCCCAGUUCCUAGCCAACAUUGCUCUGGCUACAGAUGCAGAGAAGCACGAUGCUGAAGAUAGCAUGGAAAAGGUUGUCAUCUCUACCAUACAUGCAGCUAAAGGGCUCGAGUGGCCUGUCGUAUUCAUCCCUUCGGUAUAUGAAGGGUCCAUACCGCAUUCAAGGGCUGAAAAUAUUGAUGAAGAGAGGCGCCUGCUGUACGUUGGCAUAACGCGGGCGAAGUCUCUACUCUAUCUGAGUUACCCUAAGAAGAGUACAAAUACCGAGCGAACCACAUUGUCGUCUUUCCUGUCAACUCCAACAAUGGCGAGGUACUACCAUGAUCGAGGACCUACUUUUGGUUGGCAAGUUAGCCGUGACCUUGCGAGUAUUCUAGGUCGAGAUUGUCCAUCAAGUGCCGACAUCCAUGAAAGGUAUAAGUUGAUUGGCACCGACCAGACUUGGGACAUACACGCAGAAGACGAUCAAUACCCAGAUGAUGAGGCAAAGUUCGACAAUUCCAAACUUCUAUCGAACGAUACAUGCACCGCUGAGCCAUUUCACAGAACCUAUGGUGGCCAAAGCCAGAAGAGAAAAUUUGGCCGCAUGUAUGAAUCGGAUGCCGUUCAAGCUUCAGUGGAAGCAAGUUGCGGUUUCAUUAGUGCAAGGUAUGCUAAGAUACAAACCGAUUCAGAGAUACCACAUCCGGCGGACAGACCUGAGGAAAAGUCCAGAAGUUACAAAAUUCCGGCAAAAUCAUCUGAUCUAAGCAAAUCCGAUGUCGCCAGUCAAAAAUCGAUCAAAACAUUCUUCUCAUUGUCAACGAAUCAAGCACCUCAGCGAACAGUUGCAUUAGACACACCCUCAUUGAAAACAAGCAUCCAAGUUCGUCCUCCUAUGGCAAUAGCAUCUAAGACAUUUCGGAGCAAUCAAAUGGGAAAGUGCAGCAGCACUACUUCUCCAAGCUUACCACCGCGGCAAGUAAAGCAACCACGGCUAGUUCGUCCUCAAUUUGAAAUGGAAUCUGAGACACAAAGACGCAAGCACAUCCUAUUGUCAAGUUCGCCGGUAAAGGAUAGUACAGAUUUAAUAUGCCAUGACUCUGCCGGUAUGUCCGAGGAAGAAAUCGAGAAAGAGAACCAGCAACAGGCUGCGAAGGAUGAACAAGCUCGAAAAUUAGGAUUUUGCAAGUCAACAGUUUUCCAUCAGACCUCCAUGGAGAAGUUGUCGAGCCUGCAGAACCGACCUGGAGCAAGAAGAACGAUUGGAAAUCGUCCCGUUCCUGGCUCUCGAGUCCACGCACAGUUUCGACCCCCGACGAUCAAAUAGGCCAUAAUAGAUGUAUAAAUGAGUAAUACUAGUGUAAAGCAAGCCCACCGAACCGGAUAGAUCCUGGCGUUGAAAGUGCAAUUCUCGAUCUAGCUGGGCUGUCGCCAGUUCUACCAAUAUCUACUUAGCUGCCCGUCUGGACGAGAUACACAUUACCAUCCAUUCGUUGAAAUGGGGAUCGGAUGUUUCUUCGUGGGUUUUCGUUUUGCACCUUGAGAAAGAGCAGAGAUUAAUAUAAGGGGAGGCCAGUUGUUGAGUUUUGACUUCAUCGGUGUGUAGUAAAAUCUUGAUGAGAACACUUUGUAGCCAGUCGGACAUAUUUCUUCGGUCCUUACCAUCUACAUGACGCGGAUUCUAUUUCAGGAGAGGUCAAACUCACUUUAUACCAACGAUGACGAGGUUGCGCGGUGACAAAGCAUAGGAGAACACAGGUUGAACCCAUGCGUGCUUGAUACACGCCUGUUCUUUGAGCCAGAGCCAGCGAUCAACCACAAUCAUCGCCUCCACCACACCAGCAGAAAAGGCCAUCAUGCUCCAUAAAAUGCUCAUGUCUUUCUUCCGUGCCCAGUAUUUUUGUUCAUAGCUCCUGAUUUCAUCAUCACUCAUGUUGCCAA